AUGGGAUUUGGGGUAGUUGAGGACUACGGCGUCGUGGCCAACCCAGUCAACUGGUCCCUAACCGCCAUUUCCACCUUCAUUGUCAUUCUCCGCCUCGUCUGCCGAGCCUGCUUCGCCCGCGGCAGAUAUGGCCGCCUCGGCCUCGACGAUGCCAUCACCCUCGUCUGCCUCGUCAUCCUCAUCGCCAGCAGCGUGUGCUCCAGCAUCGGCAUAGGCUACGGCCUGGGCCGGCGCGAGAAGACGCUGGGCGCGGAGCAGCUCAAGGAGGCCAUCAAGUGGAACGCCAUCAUCAACGCCGUCGUCAUCUGGUCCUUUUCGCUGCCAAAGUUCGCCAUCAUCGCCAUCCUCAAGCGCAUCCUCAACUAUGGCGCCAAGACCAUGGCCGCCUUCCUCGCCCUGGCCUUUGUCAGCCAGGGCGGCAUCCUCGCCGUCUCCGUCUGGUGGUUCGCCCAGUGUCAGCCUGUCGCGCACCAGUGGGAUCCCGAUGUCGAGGGCACCUGCGCCAGCGUCGACAUCUUGACCAAGCUGGCGUUUGCGACGACGGCCUACUCGGCCUUUCUCGACCUCUUCUUUGCGUUUUACCCGAUCCCUUUCAUCAUGAAGCUCAACAUGCCGCUCAAGAACCGCCUGGCCGUGUGCUUUGCGCUGGGGCUCAGCGCCAUGGCGAGUAUCGUCUCCAUCUACAAGCUGUCUGUUUUCACAGAGGCCUUCAACAGCAUGGCCGAGGAUCGAACAUACUCCGUCCCCUACCUCGACAUCUUUGGCGUCGCCGAAGGCGCCCUCCUCAUCAUCGGCGCCUCCCUCCCCACGCUGGGCCCCCUCUUCCGCCUGCUCAAGGGAAAAGUCACGUCC